GCCAUCAUGAGCCGACAGUGCUAUAGUUCCGGGUCCCUUAAUGGAAGACGGGGCUUCUCAUGUGGCUCAGCCGUCAGCAGUGGAUUUCGGGCUGACAACAGUUUGUCCUACACUGGAGCAGGCAGAACUGGUGGCUACAGCAGCAGCAGCCACUAUAACAUCGGUCGUAGCAGGAGACUCUCUGGAGGAAGCCUUGGUGGACAAGGAGGAAAGUCUGGUGGAUACUUUAGGGAUUAUAGCAUCUUGGGCUCUGGCUCUGGGCCCUUUGGUUAUGGAAUUGGGCCCGCAGGUUUCAGUGCUGGAGCUGGAAGGCCUGGAGGGUUUAGUAGUCAAAGUGCAGGGGCCUAUGGACAAGCUGGAGCAUCCGGUCUGGGUGGCUGUCAUGGUGGAAGCUAUAGGUCAGCAGAUUUCAGCAGUCGAAGUCUGGGCUCUGGGCUCUAUGGUGCCAGGGGCCUUCUUGGUGGUGGUUUCACGUGUGGUGGCUUGGCCUAUGAGCCCAUGGGCCGCUUUGGUGAAGGCAGGGGCAUCCACACGGUCAGAGUCAACGCGAACCUCUUGCGGCCUCUUUGCAUACAGAUUGACCCAGAGAUCUCUCGAGUAAAAGAGGAAGAGCGAGAGCAAAUCAAAACCCUCAAUGACAAGUUUGCCUGUUUCAUCGAUAAGGUGAGGCACUUGGAGCAACAGAACAAGCUUUUGGAAACCAAAUGGAACUGCCUGCAGCAACAGGGACCCCUUGAGAAGAAGACCAUUGACCACCUGUUCACGAAUUACAUUGCCACCCUGCGAAGGCAGCUGGAGCGGUUGUUGAAUGAGCGGGAGCAGCUGAGACUGGAACAAGCUAAAUUCCAGGAUAUGGUGGAAGAGUACAAAAACAGGUACGAAGCGGAAAUCAACCGGCGUGUGACUGCAGAAAACGAAUUUGUGGUGUUGAAGAAGGAUGUGGAUUGUGCCUAUAUUAUCAAAAUGGAACUUGAGGUGAAAGUGGAAGCCCUACGGCAGGAGUUAGAAUUCCUCAGAUGUGUCCAUGAGGCGGAAAUAGAAAGCUUGCAGACAACAUGUGAAGACACCAAUGUCAUCGUGUGUAUGGACAACAGUCGGGAGCUGGACAUGGAGGGUAUAAUUGAGUCUGUGAGGUGUCAGUAUGAGGAGAUUGCACAGAAGAGCAAGGAUGAGGUCAACGUUCUAUAUGAAACCAAGUACAAAGAGCUGCAGUCCGCAUGGGGAAGUCAGUGUGAAAACCUGUGUAGCGGCCGCCGUGAAAUCGAAGACCUGACCCGUCUUAUCCAGAGACUCAGGGCUGAUAUGGAAAAUGCCAAAAAACAGAUCGAUAUGAUACAGACCGCUAUUGCUGACAAUGAGCAACGUGGUGAGUGUGCUUUGAAGGAUGCCAGGACAAAACUUGCUGAGGUGGAAAAUGCCCUGCAGUCCGCUAAGGAUGAACUCGCUCGCCUGCUGAGGGAUUACCAGGAUCUGCUGAAUGUUAAAAUGGCCCUGGACAUUGAGAUUGCUAUGUACAGAACCCUCCUGGAAGGAGAAGAGAGCAGGUUAUGUAAUUCUUGUCCUGUCAACAUAUCUGUGGUAGGUGGCGCCAGCAUCUGUGUACCUGGUGGACCUACGUAUGGCAGUACGCAAGGUGGAUGUGGAUUCGGAAAGAGGCCUGCCUACGGAAACACCAGCGGCAAUGGAAGAUCCAGCUCUAGAAGUGGAAGGCUUGGUUACAAAACUGGAUAUAGCUCUAGGAGCGGAGGACAGCUUUCUAGAUGCACCUUAAGCUCUGGGUUUGGGCAGUGUGGAACCAGCAAUGUGGCCCCCAGUGGUCCAGUGAAUGUAGCCGGAGGUGGAGGCUACAGUUCUAGCAGAGGCUACAGCAACAGAAGUGGGGGUUACAGCUCAGGCAGGACCCACAUUCCCUCAGAGGGUGGUGGUUGUAGCACAGCGCUUUCUGGAGGGAGUCCUGUAGGUGGCGUCUACCCUCCUCAGAGCAAUGUCUACCCUCCUCAGAGCAAAGGAGUCUGUGUAGUGGAAACCUAUAACAAAGGGAGUGGCAACGAUUUGUAUUAAAGAUGGGCACAAAUGGCAUCUUGAGACUCACCACCCUAUUUGCGGGCAGAAA